AAUCGGUAUUACGCGCGCAGUUUUAAGAUGAGCACCGUAGACGAAACGUGGAGAAUGUUAUUUCCAAUAUGUAUCAACAUGGUAAUGUCUGUGAUCGCGUUUGGCUCGACCAUGUAUCUAAUUCCCAGAGCAAAAGCCGUGUUCGUCAAAGCUAACCUCUAUGGCAUCGACAUGAGUAAAAGGAGCAAUGAAAAGGUGCCAGAGGCAAUGGGUGUUUUUACUGGAUGCGCAUUCCUUGUAACAAUGUUUUUGUUCAUCCCUAUACCAUUUACAGAUUAUAUAUUGAAGAAUGAAAACUUCCCACAUGACAAGUUUGUUGAAUUCUUGGCAGCAUUAUUAUCCAUAUGUUGCAUGCUACUGUUGGGUUUUGCUGAUGAUGUUUUGGAUCUUCGUUGGCGAUAUAAGUUACUUCUACCCACUGUAGCAUCCUUGCCACUAUUAAUGGUUUAUUAUGUUAACUUCAAUUCCACAAUAAUCAUUGUACCAAAACCACUAAGACAAUGGUUUGGCUUUUCAUUGAAUUUAUGGAUAUUUUAUUAUGUAUAUAUGGGAAUGCUGGCAGUGUUUUGUACAAACGCUAUAAACAUAUUAGCUGGGAUAAACGGCCUGGAGGUUGGGCAGAGCUUAAUAAUUGCUACGAGUAUUCUCAUCUUCAACGUUAUAGAAUUAUUUGGCAGUCAGUGGAAGGCACAUCAGUUUUCAACGUACUUUAUGCUGCCAUACAUAGCUACCUCUCUUGCAUUGUUCAAAUUCAACUGGUACCCAUCGGAGGUUUUCGUGGGUGAUACAUUUUGCUAUAUAUCGGGGAUGACUUUUGCCGUCGUUGGUAUUAUAGGCCACUUUAGUAAAACUACUUUGCUUUUCUUCAUUCCACAAAUCAUUAAUUUUCUAUACAGCGCGCCGCAACUUUUUCGUCUUAUGCCGUGUCCUAGGCACAGAUUACCAAAAUAUAACAGAGAAACAGAUUUAUUGGAACCUAGUGUAACUAUAUUCCAUAAAUCAGAACUUAACGUGAUUGGAAGGCUAUUAAUAUGGAUACUGAAAACACUCAAAUUGAUAAAGUGGCAAGAAGAUAGAAAAGGCAUUGUAAUUUGCAAUAAUUUAACUUUGAUUAAUUUUGUACUCAUCAAUAUUGGUCCACUAAGAGAGCCAGUGCUCACAUCAAUUCUACUAAUAAUUCAGGUUGCUAGCAGUGCAAUAGCAUUUAUCAUUAGGUAUCCUUUUGCUUCCAUAUUUUAUGAUGUUUGAAUAAACGCAAGAAUGUUUUUUUAUAAAAUGUGAUGUAUAUAAUGCUUGAAACAUAGACAUAAAAAUUAUAUAAAUGAGA